UCUACAAUUUCUACAAUUUAAGUCAAUAUCAGAUACGAAAAACAAAGAUUAAACCGAAUAUAAUGUAUAUAAUAUGCAAUCAGGCAAUCACGCACAGCACACUCAUAUCAGUGAUUAUUAAAAGAUCCUUACGAAAAAAUGGCGCCUUCCUACAAAGUUCGUUACUUUAAUACGCCUGGUAGGGCUGAAACUAUUCGAAUGAUCCUUAGUUAUGGACAAAUACCUUUUGAAGAUGACCGUGUUGCCAGGGAGGACUGGCCAAAAAUAAAACCUACAACGCCUUUAGGACAACUUCCAAUUCUAGAAGUUGAUGGAAAACCAAUUCCUCAAAGCACUGCUAUCUGCAGGUAUCUGGCUAACGUUACAAAUCUUGCUGGUAAAGACGCAAAGGAAAAUCUUGCUAUAGAUAUUGCUGUUGAAACGUUUGAAGAUAUGAAGAAACCUAUGGGCGAAUACAUGAGAGAAAGGGAUGAAAGCAAAAAACAAGAAAAGCUUCAAAAAUUAAAGGAGACGAAUGCUUUCUAUCUAGGAAAACUGGAGGAAUACGCAAAUAAAAACGGAGGCUAUAUUGCCUUACCCAGGAUAACAGUGGCUGACAUCAUCUUUAUUAAUAUUUAUGAAAACUUGGUAGAUGGACUAGGAAAGGAUUAUAUGAAUCCCUAUCCGGGAUUACAGAAAGUUAAGCAAAAUGUUCUAUCCCAACCUGGAAUCAGAGAUUGGAUUAAAAAUCGACCAAAAACGGACAAAAAAUAUGAUUUAAAACAAGAUUUGGAUCUUGGCGAGGCUAUCGAACUGGCUGAUGCUGCGAAACAAGUCCUGCUUGAAAGAAGAGAAAACGCCGAAAAGGACUUCAGAGGAAUUUUCAAAACCGUGAGCGAAAUCAGCGCAAAAUACGACAUCGAACUGCGGAAACCAAGGCUCGCGUCAAAACAGACUCAACGCUCCAACGUACAAACUGAUUCAGUUCAAGAUUAUUUUCGCAUAACGAUUUACAUCCCAUACAUUGAUUUGUUUCUGACCCAUAUACAAGAUCGAUUUUUGAAUCACCGCAAAAUUUUAUCAAACUUUGCUUGCCUCUUCCCCAACAAAAUGAAGAAUCUCAAUGAAGAAUCCUGCGCUCAACUGUUUGAACCAUACUCUUCAAUUUUGCGGGAUGAUUCCCGUGACAUCUGGGUAGACGAAGUCAAACUUUGGCGUCAACGCAUCGCCGGAAAGAACGUUAAAAAUUCGCUUGAAGCACUCGAUGUGUGCAAUGGAGAUGCGUUUCCAAAUGUACAUCAAAUGCUUCGCAUUUUGGCAGUUCUGCCUGUAACGACAGCAACGAAUGAACGCUCCUUUUCAACAUUGCGUCGCCUCAAGACUUACCUCAGGUCAACAAUGUCUGAAGAUCGGCUGAACGGAUUAGCUUCGCUCAAUAUACAUCGCGUUGUCGAGGUCGAUCCGCAAAGAGUUUUGGAGAAGUUUUUUUCUACAUCUCGCAGAUGCAAUCUAGAUCUAGAGAUGCCUACCUACAAAGUCCGAUAUUUUGACAUAGCUGGAAGAGGAGAACCUAUUCGAAUGAUGUUGAGUUAUGGACAGAUCCCUUUCAUUGAUGAACGUAUUUCUAAUGAAGAUUGGUCCAAAAUUAAACCAACUACGCCUUUGGGCCAGGUUCCAGUUCUGGAAAUUGAUGGAAAGCAAAUUCCGCAUUGCAUUCCGAUUUGUAGAUAUUUAGCUUCAAUCGUAAACUUAUCAGGAAGUGACGCGACAGAAAAUCUUGCAAUUGAUGUUGCUGUAGAAACACUUGUUGAUUUGGGCAAUCUUGCCUAUGAAGCUAAACGAGAAACCGAUGUAGCAAAAAAGCAAGAAAAAGAAAAUAAAUUUAAACAAACCCUGUCCCUUUUCCUUGAAAAACUUGAAGAGUAUGCACAAAAACAUGGUGGAUACAUUGCAUUGCCUAGGUUAUCCUGGGCAGAUAUUGUAUUUACCUGUAGUUAUGAAGCACUUAUGAAUAGAACAGGUGUAGAUAGCUUUAACUCCUAUCCCAGUUUACAAAAAGUAAAAAACAAUGUUUUGGCUCAGCCGGGUAUUAAAGAAUGGGUGAAAAAGAGGCCAGUGAACCCUAUGUACACUCUAUAUAGCUUAAAAGAAGAUCUUUUGUAAUACAAAUGUUUAAUAAAAAAAUAUUGCUUGUUUGAAUACUUAA